UGUGCACCCAUUAUAUUUACAUUGUGCAGUAUCCCCUCCUAUCACGUCUAUUCUAUUCUAAUUCCUGAAACGGAGAAACCGUCGAAUGUCAUUCAACGCCACUUUUGGAUUGGAAAGCAAGACGAAAAUUGCAUAAUAAGAUAAAUAACGAGAAGAAAAUGGAUUACGUGUGCGAAAUUAUCGAAAAUACGAGUGCGGUUAAUGGUCCAUCGGAUGAUAAGAGCACAAACGAAAUUGCCGGAACUCAUUGUCAUCGUGAAGAUGAUGUUGGCGCAAUUGUCACAAAAAUAGUCGAAUUGGCGUACGAUACUCACACCCCCUUCAAGACUGACCCAGUGAACAAUGGCCAGGAAAGUGAUGGAAAAAUCAACAUCGACGCAACAAACGAAUCCGACGAAAGUUUUGUCGUUGAUUGCAUCGAAAUUUGUACAAAUGAAUCGGCGGCAUCGACAGCAGCUAUUUCUUACGAGCCUUCUGGUGCAGUGGAAGGUACAGAAGGAUAUGAGGCAGAUUCGAGUGGGCAGAAGCCUAACGUGGCGACGCCAAAAAUCAUUUCUGGUGAGCCUUUCGACAUGAUGCAAGUGAAUGACAAACGCGAAGAAGAUACAAAUGUGCAGAAGCCGAUCGUUGAUAAAACGUUGACUAAAUCUACCAGUGCGGUAGGUGAAUCAUUGAAACUGGACGAGUUUUACAGCCAUAACGAGUUACAUCGCAGAGGAUAUCUCAUGAAAAUCAUCGGCAAUGUCAAAUGUGUGAGGAAUUUGUCGUUGUCGUCCGACACAGUGCAUACAAGCAAAGUUCAAUGCCAUGGAUUUCCACCCGAUCUUACCGAGAGUAAACUAAUUCCGAUGCUGGAAAGAUAUGGCCGAAUACUCGAAUUGAGAUUCGUUGAUCGUGCCACUACCUUGAUAAACGUGACGUUUAUGACCGACCAAGAAGCAAACAAUGCCAUCAAACAGCUCAAUGGACGAAUCGUUCGAGGACAGCCGGUCAAAGUGGAAACGUUCGUCGAGAAGAACGAACUGUAUGUCAGACAGAUUCCAGUUGAGGCGUCUAAGCAGCAACUGCUCAAUCACUUCAACAAACUGACGCAAGGUCUCGUCAGCUUAUUCUUGCUGUACGCCCCCGACCACCCAACCUUUAAUCGUGGAUACUGCUACCUUACUUACAUAGAUUACGAAUGCGCACUGGUUGCGAAAAAUGUGAUUUUAAAUUCGUACUAUAGCGGCCGCAGGAUGUAUUGCGAUUGGUCUGAUCGACAAACGCGUGUGGACAUGAUUACGAACCAUCGAACGUUCGUGACGCCGCCGCCGUACAAGCUGUACAUGGACAAUUUGCGUCCGGGCUUGACCACAUCGGACCUGCGGAAAUUGUUCUCCGUCUUCGGUGACGUGGUCGAGGUGGACAAAAACGGGAACUGGGCAUCGGUGAAGUUCCGACAUCCUUCGGAGACAAAGCGAGCCAUCGUUAGAGUUGAUCGGAAGUGUCUCGGAAAUGAAAGCGUUCGGAUUUCGCUAAGCGAAUUGACGGAGUAGAUGAGUGUCGCUGCUCGCUUCUCUCUUUUGUUUUCAUUCAGAAAUUUGUGUUGGAAUUUUCUUUUUCAAAUAAAAUUGGAAUAUGGGGAA